AGGAAGAGGAGGGGUGGGGGCGGGAGCCGCGGCUUCGCAGGGGGCCGGCAGGGAGCCGUGCCCUUCUUCAUGGCGAGGCCGGGGCAGAGCGAGCUCCCGAGGAGGGAAGCCGGGAGCUGACUCGGCGGAGCAGUCCAGCAUGUUUUCCCGGGAGCACGGCGUCCCUGCCGGAGCCAGCGGAGGGAGGUCUGAGGAGGCGGUGCAGGUUUUUAGUGAUGUUAUAGACUCUCCCACUGAAGGCUUUCCAUGUGUCCUCACUCCUGCUGUCCCCAACAAGACUGUGGACUUGUUUGAGAUGAUUGAAAAAAUGCAGGGGAGUCGUCUGGAUGAACAGAGAUGUUCCCUUCCAGCUCCUCUCAAGACAGAAGAGGAGUAUAUUCCUUAUCCCAGCAUCCAUGAGGUAUUACAGAAAGGGUGGCCAUAUCCUCUCAUUAUCCUACCCCAGUUUGGGGGCUACUGGAUUGAAGGGACCAGCCACAACCUCUCCAGCUUGAGUCCAACUCUGUCUGAUGUACCCUUUUCCUGGAGUGGUAAAGUGAAACUGGAAAGUGACCCUACAGCCAAGCUGUACCGCAAACAUUUUCUGGGAAAGGAGCACCAGAACUUUUACUCCAGUGACAUGUCCUUGGGCUACCUAGUACUUUCUGUGAAGUAUGAACAGAUCGAGAAACAGGAAAAUCUACGCCUGUUGCUGAGGACUCGUACUGGCACCAAACAUGAUCUAAUUCCCAUUUCCUGUCUGAAUGAGUUUCCCAAUGCUGUUCAGAUGGCAAAGCUACUGUGUGAGGAUGUGAAUGUUGAACGCUUCUUUCCUGUCCUGUAUCCCAAGGCCUCACAGCUUAUUGUUGCCUUUGAUGAACAUGUCAUAAGCAAUAACUUCAAAUUUGGGGUCAUCUACCAAAAACCUGGACAGACAACUGAAGAAGAAGUCUUCAGUAACACAGUAGAGAGUCAGGGUUUCCUGGAGUUCUUGGAUUUCCUUGGUGACAAGAUUCAGCUGCAAGAUUUCCGUGGGUUCCGGGGAGGUUUGGAUGUUACCAGAGGUCAAACAGGCACCGAGUCAGUCUAUACAAAUUUCCGGGGGAAGGAGAUCAUGUUUCAUGUGUCCACAAAGCUGCCCUUCACAGAGGGAGAUUCCCAGCAGCUUCAGCGGAAGCGUCACAUUGGGAAUGAUAUUGUAGCCAUCAUUUUCCAGGAUGAAAGCACACCUUUUGUCCCUGAUAUGAUUGCUUCUAAUUUCCUACAUGCUUAUGUGGUAGUUCAGCUCACUCAUAGCACCACUGGGGACACUCUCUACAAGGUUUCAGUCACAGCCCGAGAUGAUGUCCCCUUCUUUGGACCACCGCUGCCAAAUCCAGCCAUAUUUAAAAAGAGUGCAGAGUUUCGUGAAUUCCUUCUGGUCAAGCUCAUCAAUGCUGAGUACAGCUGCUAUCGAGCUGAGAAAUUUGCUAAAUUAGAGGAGAGAACGCGGAGUGCCCUGUUGGAGAGCCUUUUUGAGGAGCUGCAGCUUCGCAGCCGCAGCAUGAUGGGAUUACCUGUAGGGGAGGAUGACAAGAUAGAGAAUGGCAGUGGGGGCUUCCUCGAGAACUUCAAGCGGGUGAUCAGAGGCCGCAGCCAGAGCCUGGAUACCAUGGGGAUAUCCAUGAGAAAGCAGCAGCCAGCCACCCUGCCCAGCCGCCCAGCUACAGCUGGCCUUGCCCUCAGCCAGAGUGUCGCCGAGGGCCCUAAGGCCAUUGCUGCGUCUUUUGCCUUGCCUGGUAGGAGCCCAUCACGUACUCGAGCCAGCCGCUUCCAUGGGCGACGGAGUAGUGCCAUUGGCAUUGAAAACAUACAGGAGGAAAAGAGCAGAGACACCACAGAGAGGAUACAAAGGGUGUUGGACAGUCCAGGAACUUUCUUUGACCUGAAGUCUGAUGGAUCAUCCAGUCCCAGCUCUCCAGAGUUCCCCAGCAGGAAGAGCAAAAUGCUCAGGAGUCAGACUUCAGGAUACUGUGUGAUACAGCCACUCUCACGUUCAUCAUCCAGUGUAAGCAGUUGUUGUAGUGGAUUGAGGGAAAAUGGAACAUCAGAGGAAGAGGAGAAUGACAGGGAGCUGACGUGCUCACUUAAGGGCCCUCCAAAACAGGAUUCAAUGAUUCAGAGUAUGUGGCUGGAUGACAGUGACUGCACACCCAGUACUUCUAGCUCACCAGGAAGCAGGUUGCUUCCUUCCAGCAGUGUUGCUGGCUCCACUGGAAAAGGAAAAGGCAGCAAAGCAGAGGCUCAGCACCAUAAUCCAGCCUCCAUUUUGUGCUGUGUGUGAUGUCGGCGCUGGAGCACUGCCUGCUGCACGCAGGGUGAGCAGCACAGCACCCACAUUUUCAUGGGAAACGAGGAGCUCUUUUGGAUUGUGCUUGAACAGGAAGUUAAACAAGUGUACCACUGGACUAGAACAAACUGCUUGGUAUCCGCAGUGCUUAGACUGCAACAUUUACACAGUGACAUAGUAUCUGGUCCUCACCAUUUCAGGACAGAAAGAGGAUUUAAGUGGACUGGGGCAGAAUUCAGAUCACACAUUGCUGAUAUAACAAUUUAUGUGAAGCUGCUUUUGAUUAAAUAAAGAAGAGAAUACUAAGGAAUUACUAUCAAGUUUAAAAAGCAAUUUUUAAACAUUCUCUGACUGAUGUGUAAAAUAAAUCCACCUCUAAAGAAUCAGAUGAUUGGCUGGGACCUUUCAGCCACCUUUGGAUGACAAAUUUCCAGAAAAGUCUAGUACUUGUUGCUGGAGUGAAUGAAGACAGACACAAGCAGACAAGGGGACACCUCCCUCUCUGCAUUGAUAAACGGGGGAUACUCGACUGCUAAACUGUGACUAAAUUAGAGAUUGUUCUGAGUAUUGUGGUGCUGAACUUCUGCAUGUCCUUGCUUUAUUUGAAUGAGGGAUUCAGAGACUAUGUGACAACGUUCUGUAUAUAUUUGUGUACAGGGUCUAGCUAAAAUUGAGUUACUUUGCUUCACAGCAGCUCCUGUGGUUUUGUGUUUCAGAUCUGUGACCAAAACAAUGCUGAUAACAUCCUCAUUAUUUUAGCUAUUGAUGAAUGGUGUUUGCACAGUGUUGAGGCACUCUCUAGUUCUCACUCUCCCCCCACAGUGAAUAAACUGGGGCUUCACCAGAGGCUGGGAGAUGAUCUGAACUAACCCAAGAGACAGACCAUGCAAUAUGCCAUGCUCAUCAGUAUUUAAUAAAGAGGGGGUUUAGGCACGUUAACCUUUUUCUUGGGAACUGGCUGAGCAUCAGUCUACGUGUAGGUGGUUCUUUGUUUUCUUUCACUCUGCUUCCACUUCUCUUUUGCUUAUUACAUAAUUUUGUCUCAACCCACAAGUUUUCUGGCUUUUAUUCUUCUUUUCUCCUUCCCCUGUCCUCCUGGGCAGUGGGAGGAAGCAAGUGAGCACCUAUGUGGUGCUUGGCUGCCUGCCAGGGUAAAAGUACCACAUUAAUUACAUCUUUAGCUAUAAAGAUAAUUAAGUAAUUAAAUUAUAUAUUUAAAUAAAGUAUAACUUUAAAUAUACUUUCAAAUCUUGCUUCUUAAAAAGGUGAAGUGCAAACCUUUACUGAAAUUUUGGUAAAAAAGCUACACUAAGAUGAAGCUGAAGAGCAAGGACUAGACUUGGGGGGAACAGUAAGACUGCAAGCUUCAUAUUUCAACUAGGUAUGUUGGAUAGGAGAGACUAGUCAUGAACAACUCCUCUCUUUUCUUCAUAUUCCAGGAACUUAUAAAAUAAUGAAGAAAUUAGAGAUUUAAGAGGAUCUACUGGUAUACUAACUUAGAUGCCAUUACAGCUUUUACUGUAAUAAACAAAAUUGAAACAGCAAAAGGAAAUAAAUAAAGAGUAUAAUUUCCAGGUAUAUAAAAGGUGAAUAUGUCAUUAAGCUUAAUAGAAAACCUGACUGCAUCACUCUAAGGAGAGUCACCUUCCCCAAGUGUUGCAUUACACCUGAAUAUUUCAUAUAGCAGCAAUGCCUCAAUGCAUUCUGUAGAAACUAUUUAUACUUUCAUGAUGUACCUGUUGAUACUGUUAAUGAAACAGUAUCAACAGGUAACUCAUUGUCCAGCCUGGGUAUCUUGUCACAUGAAUUAACAAAAAAAAAAAAAAAAAGUGUAUUCUGGUUCUGAGUGUUACGUAAAACAUAACAAGAAAAAAAAAAAAUUCAAACACAGUUGCAAGGGAAUUUAAAUCCAUUUUUUUUUCAAAGUAAUCAAUAAGAAUAUCUAUCAGAAAUACAGAAGCACCAAGAAAAAAGGAGACACUUACAGCCAAUAUGCUCUCUGGCUGACUGAUGUCUUCAUGCUGGUAAAAGAAUAAAAUAAGUAAUUAAGAAUUACUUAUUUAAGAAUACUGAAACAAAAGCUCAGGUCUGGAUUUAAAAGCAAGUUUUCUAAGAAAACAAAAAUAAGCCCAUUACUAGUUGCUGGAGAAAUUACCUCAGAAAAGGUCUUAAGUCACCUAAUCUGGGAAUGUAUUAAAAUGUUUUCUGAUAUGAACCACUGAUCCAUUGCUCCAGCCUCUUGGACCCACCAUAUAUUCCUAAAAGAAGGCAAAUUAAGCCAAUUAUAAGCUUGUAAGGAAGGCUUCUGAACCACUGUGACCUUAACUUACUGCUAUGACUUUUCAUUAAAAGACAUUUUCUUCCUUUUGUUGGAAUUCCACAUUUGAAUUAUGUGGGACAGGAAGGGUGACAGAAAGGGUCAAGAAGUUGGCUGCAUAAAAUACUGACCUGUGACCAAAAGCGGAUCCAGAACUCCCUAGAUAAGGGUUCCAGGUACUGUGGGUUUGUCAUGUCAAUGGCUGUGAUAAAGCGCAUGGCCGUCAGACUGCCUGCAUUAGUGGGGAGACAGAGGAACACUCAGACAAGGCACAGCAUCGGGAGCAGGUGUGGUCUGCAUGACUGCUAAGAACAGUGUGAUCUCCCCUGUAACAAUCCUGAGAAACCCACAGUCUGUGCAGUAAAGCUCAUGGUGACCCACAGUUAUCUCCCAUGCUAGUAUCAUUCACAGCCAUAUUUCUCCAGGAAUUUCUCUCGUGGCUACGAAUGCACAGACUUCAUGCUGCUCACAGGUUCAGGAAAAGGCUGCACACAGGGAAUUCACCUUUACUGGUAGGGAGAACUGGAACCAGAAGUGCUAGGGAUGAGAAAUACCAGCUAAGACUCUUACUUGUGCCCAUGAUGUGCUGGAAGGCAUCUGGGGACAUGUGUACAGGCACCUGGUAGUAUUUUGCCAUCCUUUUCAAAUCCUUCAGCAUGUAUUCCCCUCGCUUUGGUAACAUUGCUGGCGGCUUGUUACCUUUUAGGAAAAAGUUCUGUUGAGAUUUCCAGCUGUAUUAUAAUAACACUGAACAAAACAACACUGGACAAAUGUUGCCUCAUACAUACAUACACCUAAGGAAGAGUGUAAUUUUGCAGUAUAAUUUCAUGUUGGCUUACUGAAAUUUACUUGGCUUUUCCAAAGAUAACGCUAGGAUUUAAACAUGGUUUAUUUCAGUUUUGCACAGAUCAAACCUUUAGGAUAGCUGAAUCAGUUUUAAGCCAAGGUACAAAUGUCCUAGGAGGGAUUUAUGUUGAUUCAGACAGAUGACUUUUAAGCUAGACAACUCUUAAUGCAUGGGUAAACCGAUGUAAAGACUUGUUAAUUCAUGAUUUAUGUGUUUUAAGUCUUGGUGAUCUGAGUAAGGCCAUGAGUACUGUUUCAGGACAUACUUGUAUCUUUCCUUUAAAUUUAAAUGGUUUAAAAUCUAACUCUAGGAAAACACUCCAUGUCAAGUUAUUACUAUUGUUAUUUAUUUUGUUGUAUUUUAGAACAGAUGGACUUUGGCACAUACUGUCUGUGUAGUUGCAACAGUGUGAAAUUCCUUAUGACUAAUUUCUCAAUCCCUUAGGGACUCCACAAUCCUAUAGUUAAUCUGUUACUGGUGCCACAGCUUAGUUCAGAGCUGGCUCUGCAUGGGCUCUGCACACACCCAGGGCUUGAACACUAAGUGCUCUGCCAGUGAAGAAGGUAUCUCCCUGCAGAGCUCAUCUCCCUGUACUCCAUACCAGUUUGUUGCAUUAUGCCACCAAGGAAAGCUGGACGGAAGCGCAGGUCUAUAUUCCAGAUGUGCCGGUACCGGCAGAGAGCCUGCAAGGUGAAAGAGUAGUGAGGGAUUCACAGUCAGAGCUGUCUGUAGAGCUGUGUGCACCUAAGGCAGUAAAUACUACAAAUAAGUACUUUCCUACUGUAUUAGGGGUAGUCGUGAAGCCUUUCCUGGAUGCUGCCAGGGAACUCUGAUCUCAGAAAACAGGAGGGGUCUCUAUUCAUGUCACGACAAUCCAAGUCUAAGCACGGGUAAGUAAGGGAAAGGUCAGGCUCAUGUCAUGAUCAGGACACCCGCACUUUUUAAAUAGGAAAGCUAUCCCCGAAGCAAAAUGUCCAGCAUUAACUCCUGCACUGCCGUUUGGCUCGGACACCCUUCCUGGUGUCCCUGGAUUGCAACACGCGAGGCACGCCUCAGAGGUGAGAGAAAAAUUAACUUCGGAGCGCACAGAGCACUGCCUGCAGCCAGCCGGCCGAGCUGCGCUUGAGCAGCCCUUCCGAGGGGGAGGCGGCGGCGGGACAGGCCGGGCGCCGGAGAGCCGGGAAGGGCCUCCCUCCCUCUGCCGACCCCUCACCUCGAACGCCAGCCAGGAGUACGGGGAGAUCACAUCGUAAAAGAGCUCCACGAGCGUCCGACCCAUCCUGGCCCCGC